CCCCGUGUCUGCUGCAGAUGCCAAGAUUGUCCCGGUUGCUCCCAUGUCUGAUCGUAGCGGCCAGCGGCAAUGCCGCCGAGGCGUCUCGGGCGACGUGGAGCUCGACGCGGCCAUGGCACUGGCCAACAUGGCCGGCGUUUCGGGGCCAGCAGCUCUUCCCGCCGUGCACCCGGCGGCGCCGCAGCAUGGAGGCAGCCGUGAGGAGGAAGAGGAGCUGGCGAGCACGAGGCUGAGCCUGGAGCUGGGCAAGGUCGGCAUCCAGGCGUCGUCGUGCUCCAGCGGCUCCAGCGCCGGGUGUCCUUCGCGGCAGACGCGGGUGCCCGUGGCGGCUCCAGGUGGAGGCGGCUACGGCCCAAGGCCCCGGCACACGCUCACCGAGGCUGAGAAGGAGGCAAAGCGGCUGCGGCGCGUGCUCGCGAACCGGGAGUCUGCGCGCCAAACCAUACUCCGCCGUCAGGCGGUCCGAGACGAACUGGCGAGGAAAGUUGCGGACUUGUCGUCACAAAACGAGAGCAUGAAGAAGGAGAAGGAGACGGUGAUGCAAGAGUAUCUCACACUCCAGGAGACGAACAAACAGCUGAAAGAACAGGUUAUCGCGAGGACGGCAGAGAAGGCGCCGCCCCCGGUGGUAACGUCUAUGGACACGACGCCACCAGCGGAGCAGCGGGCAGAAGCCACGCUGUCCACGGCGGCCCCGCUGGAUGCACCCCCUGGGCCGGGCUUCCUUUACGCAACAGCUGGGCCCUCAGCCGUGCCGGUGCCGUAUGUCUGGGGCUCUUGGCCGGGGUGCCAUCCGAACGCCAGCAACCUGGGCGGCGGCGCCAGCACUGGACAUGCCCCGCCGCUCUGCUUUCCGCCCUGCGCGUGGUACUACCCCGUCGUUACCGACCCACAUGGUUCGCCGGCGACAUAUUACGCGCAGCCGCUCUAUGAGACGACGAGCGGGGGCGCCAGCCAGGGUACCGGCGGCGGAACGGCUGAGGAGGACACCGACGACGACCCGUGCUCGCUCACGCUGGGGCUUGAUGUCGACAGGAAGUGUGCGACGAGCGCCGAGAGCGGCGGCAGCCGUGCUGUGGCGGGCGAGAGGGAGAGGGCGGUGAUGGCGGCGGAGGCGAGAAAGAGGAGGAAGGAGCUGACGAAGAUGAAGCAGACGCAUCUCGGCGGCCGUCCUGGAGACGAGUAGGUCUCUGGCGCCAUUGACGGGGGGUGACACUAUUGAUUUUUUUCCUUUCUAGCUGGUCGUUUCAUUUUGGUUGUUAUAAGUUGUUUUAUCUGGUUUUGUUUCGCCUUUUGCUCGUCCAAAUGAUUUCAGUUUUCAAAUUAUUUUGUGGUGCAAUCUGUAUACAAAAGAUUAGUAGGUUUGAUGACGUGCAACAAGAGUCAUGUACUCCCUCCGGUUUUUACUCCGUAUGUACAUAUAACAACAUACAUAAGAUUUGUCUGAA